AUGGCCGCUUCGCCAUCGUCGACGCCAUCGCCACAGCACCACCACCACGGCCGCGCGCACCACGCUCCUGUGGCGCAUCCCAUGGGCUCUGAUGCAUCUCCGUUGAGUGCGGCGGACGCGGCGUUCCAGGUGUUUCUGCUCGCUGCGCAGCUGGGCCGCCGCGACGACCUCGCCGAGCUCCACGAUCGCCUCGCCAGCCACCCGUCCCAGCUCCAGGGAAGCUCGGCGGGGACCUCUGCUACCCAUGGCCAGCGCGGCGGCGGCGGAAGCGCGAGUUCGAGCGAAGUCAAGUCGAGGCCACGAUUGCUCAAUCGUGCUCCCAAUGCAAGUUCAAGCACUUUACAAGUACAUGGCACUACUGGCCAAGGACGAGGUGUUAGCGAUAUCGUCAAUCGCACAAGUGCAAGACCAAGUGGCUCUGGAAUUACUGCAUUAAUGCUGGCUGCCACCGGUGAUCACAUCCAUGCAGCGACGUGGUUGCUGGAACAAGGCGCGCAGGUCAAUGCAGUCGAUGCCGAGUCGAACUGGUCGAGUCUACAUCGUGCGCUGUACAUGGGCCAGAUUCAAACAGCAAUCCUGCUCAUUGCGGCAGGCGCAGACGUCCAUCUGAAAGACGCUGAAGGGAUGACUCCGUUGGAUUUGAUUGCGCGAGAUCGCGAGUGGCCCUUCCGCGUUCGACCGACGCCAGUGGCACCGCUGGCCCUUCCACUACGACGCUCGUCGCCUGUCGUGGGUGAUGCUGCCUUUGCCUCUUCUCCAGCUGCCUCCGACCAGCAUGAAUCAGCAUCUCUCUCGUCUGCCGCGUCUGCCGAUGAACCAGCUCCUUCUUCAUCAUCCUCCGUUUUCGACAAGCCAUCAUCCGCAUUGGCAUUCUAUGACAUGCUAAUAUCCACAGAGCAGCUGCUGGAGGGCGCAGACGUAUUCUCGUGGGGACUCGAUCGAAACUACACGCUCGGACAUGUUGGGGCGGAAGACCGAAACCAUCCGGAUCGCGUGGACGCCUUCGUUCGCAUGGUCCCCCGAGCCCGAAUCGUCUCUGCGGUGACGUCCAGCUUUCACUCGGCCUUUCUAACCGAUGCAGGCGAGGUUUACACUUGCGGGUUUGGCUUGGGAGGCCGCCUUGGUCACGACUGCGAUGACACUGUCAUUGUGCCUCGCCGCGUUGGUGGACUGCUCGACGGCAAGGCCUGCGCGGCCGUUUCCGUUUCGCGUGACAACUCGGCAGUGGUGACCAGCAAGGGUGAGGUCUUUACGUUUGGCAGCAACGAACACGGCCAACUGGGCGUAGCUGGCCUUCCUGUUGGUCCGCACGCCAACUGCCCAAAACCGCAACUCGUCAAAGCGCUACGAGAACGCAAAGUCCCCAUCAUUGGCGUUGCCUGUGGGCGCACCCACUCUGCGUUCUAUUCCGAGCAAGAGCUGUACACUUGUGGUCAAAACUUUGGGCAGCUCGGCCAUGCUCAAAGAGACCCGCGCAUUUUGGCACCCAAGGCCGUCCCAGCAGUCGCUCCAACUUCGGGACGCAUUUCGCAAGUCGUGGCUUCUGACACGUUCACUGCGUGCCUGACUUCGGUGGGAGACAUUUUCGUUUGUCACAGCUAUGCCGUUCAUCGCCUCCGACUUCCCACGACAAUCUUCCGACCAAAUAUCGUCGUGUUUCGCCAGCGGAAGCCAGUGCCAUUUCGAAUUGUUGCUGGACAUGGCUCGUCUCUCCUUUGCGUUGCAACGGAUGGUUCACUGUUUAUUUGGCUUCCUUGGCUGGGCACGCAAUUUGUGCAUCUGGCUUUUGGUAGCCAGCGCGCUCUCAACGUGAUUGAUGUGGCGAUGGGUGUUAAUCAGAUGGCCGUCGUGAGUGCGGAGGGAAAUGUGUAUGUGGGAAACAGCCCAGAUCUCGAUCGCAUGCUUGCCAAAGCAAAGGCACUCGCCACGAGCCACAACCUCGUUCCCGCGCCAUUCACGCUUCACCCUUCUUUGGUCGACGCGCUGACCGUCCCAACGCUAAACGUCUACCGCACUCGCAAUUUGCACCGGACGGUGUCCGUGUCGUGCAAUCCUCAAGGAUCGCACUUUCUUGCCGUGACGAGCGCCACCAUGUACGCGCGCGGCCCAGAUCGUGUCAAGGUUUUGCCUUCGCAAGCACGCACAGAUUUCGGGGCGUUGCUUACGUCGCAUUCCAGCUUUACGAGUGACAUGCACCUCGUAUCCUCUGAUGCAGAGAUUUAUGGCACCAUACCCGCGCAUACUGCAAUUCUCGCGUCCCGGGCACCGCAAUGGUUUGGCGCGUUGGAAAAGGACGAAGCGCUCACACAGGAGCUCGCGGCUGCGGCGGCAGAUCCCUUCGCUCUGCCGCAAACAUCGUACGAAUUGAUUGCUCCCACUCCUUCCAGUGCGCAUGAAGAAGGCGAGUCUCCGACCAAGUCUGUGAUGGAAGCCUUCCUCGUGCCCGAGUUACCUCAGGCGGCGUUGCUUGCCCUGCUCGAGUAUCUCUACACGGGGACUUGCGACCUGCUUGAGCUCCCUCUUGAGUCCAAGCAGCGUCCCACCACGUCUCAGUCAAGGCAGGCUUCAGGCAAGGAAGGCGGCGGCAAAAAGAAGGGCAACAAGGCACGCUCGUCCUCCCAAGACCAUUUCACGGCUCCGCCGAGCGACGCGGACUCUGAGCACCAAGCGUUGACAUCUCACGAGAUCGCGCGCACGUUGUGUGACUUUUCACUCAAGCAUGGAAUGACCGAACUGCACACCUUGCUCAGCUCCAAGCUCGAGACCCGCUACAUGGGUCGCCGUUCGCUGAGGGGUGCCAUUCCGACUUUCCGAGUAACCCUUGGCACGCCAGAUGUCGACUUGCUCAGUGCCGAGGACGAACACAUUCCCGUGCACAAGGCGAUUCUUGUCGCUCGCUGCGAGUACUUUGCUGCCAUGUUUGGCUCGCCAUUUUGGUCGGAAACGGGCGCCGCACGGCCGGCAUUGGGACUACCAUCGCCUACACCGCUGCGUGCACUGACGGUGCUGGUCGACUACAUGUACACGGACAGCGUAGAUUUGACUGCACGCGAUCCCGUCUCUGGCGCGUUCGCCGUCAACGUUCCACUCGCAUUCGAAGUGCUUGUCGUCGCGAACGUCCUGCUCCUCGAGCGGCUGAAAUCACUCUGCGAAGGGGCAUUAGCGACGUGCGUCGACAUCAAGACCGUGGUGUCGUUCUUGGACAUGGCGGCAGUCUAUCAGUGCACCCAGCUCAAGGAGGCGUGCCUCUCCUUUAUUUUGCACAAUUUGGAGGCUGUGCUCGAAGCACGCCAACUCGAGUCGCUGCUUGGAGGCAGCAAGCCCGCCAAUUUGACGCCGGUCGAGUCUGGUCUUUCGAGCGACUCGCCAUAUGCGAACGACGCCUUUUUCGCCGACUUGCCUGAGCUGGCCGAAGAUGCGAGCGAGAAGAUUUUAGAUGAGCUUGGGCGUCGGUAUCGCAGCACCCUGCCUCCUACAAGGCGGCCCACCCAAGUGGACUUGAUGUCAUUCCACUCUGCUGCCGCUGCAGCCAUUCCCCAACGCUCGGCCGAAAAAAUGCCUGCUGGAUCCAUGCGCUCUUCUGCGAACGGAAAACGCGCGGCAGGCGCUUCCACUAGCGCUCAGCACAACGACUCUGAUGAGGAAGCUCCGCCAGCGCCUGUAGCGCACGACGGUGAUCUUGCCCGUCAACUCCAAGAGCAGGAAGAUGCCGAGUUUGCUGCAGCCCUCGCAGCCUCGUUUGUGGAGCUGGAUGACGACGAGCGGCAGCAGCGAGCCGAUCAGGCUCAGCGACAACAGCAAAAGUCUCGCAAGAAGGCUGCCAAACUUAGCGAUCGCCAAAAGCAGCAAGCCGCCCAGCUGCAGGAGGAAGUGGCCAAACGCAAACAAAUCCAGCAGCAAAGCCUGGAUGUGGAGGAACCUGCUGGGCCCGUGGCGAAACCCAAAAAGGGAGGACGCGGCAUUCGCGUCGACCUGAGCAACCCAGACGAGGCUUUGCGAAAGAUUGCAGGUGGCGGUGAUUCUCCGCCGUUGCCGACCGUCACCUCGGAUUUGCCGACACCAGCACCGUGGGCGGCGACGAGUGCACCAGCUGCUCCUGCAACUGCGUCCACCGUGGCGGGCAGCAAAGCCGGUCGUGGGGCGGCUGCGAGUUCAUUGCGCUCCAUCAUGUCUGAGCAACAACAACCAAAGCAGGCACAAAAGCAGCAGCCAACUGUGCACACCGCUCCGGUAUCCCAGCCCGCCAAGGCUGCUCAGGAGAAACCAGUCCCAGACGCCAAGUCCAAGAAGGCUUCACCGGCGGCGACUACUGCAGCAUUACCUGGUGCCGCAGUCGCGUCAAAAUCUGGUACAACUCCACCACUACUACCUUCAAGUGUUCCUUUGAGCCCCGCUUCGCCGCAAACGGCAGCCAGCAUUCUCUUUGCGCCCAAGUCGCCGGCGGCCGCACCAUCAGCCCAAGCCGCCUUGGAAACCUGGGCAGCCAAGGGCAGCGAUCGAAAACUGUCACAACGGGAGCGCAAGCGGUCGCAAAGCCGCGAUGUCGCCGAGCACACGGAGCCUGCCGUUCCGGAAUCUCGGACGGCGACCGCUGGUGCUUCGGUCGCCUGGAAGUCUGCUUCGCCUGCGGCAGUCCAGCAGACCCUGUCUACCAACCAUUUCCCGUCCUUGGGCCGAGCACCAGCGGUUGCACCAUCACCAGCGUCGCCUGCCAAGCAAGUUUCCUUGACCCAAAUUCAUCAAGAGCAGCGCCAACUCGCGUACAACGCCGAUGCCGUCAAGCGCAAGGCGCUCGAUUUGAUCCAGCUUGAAGAGAAGGCCAUUGCUGCCAUUGAGGCCUUCUACGCGCAUCUGAGUCUGGAGGAAGAGACGGACGAGAUGAUUGUCAUUGAGCGCGUUGUCGGCUGAGCGAAACCAUUGUUUCAGUUGCCCCUGCUUACUAUUACCAAUCAUUGUUGCAUCUAAUCCACCAUUGAGGCAUUCUAUGCGCACCUGAGUCUGGUG